GGCGGACAGGCUAAACGCUACCUAAGGUUUGUUUGUUUGUUUCUAUGUCUACGGCUAUUUUUUUUUCCUGGUGUUCGCACGCCUCGCGCAACAAACUUGACAGCCAACCAACUGAGCGCGACUUGUACGACCGCAACACCGCAACCGCCGCCGCCGCCGCCGCCGCCGCCGCCGCCGCCACCGCCGCUCCCGCCGCCACCCGAAAAGAAAAGAGCACAGCAGCCUUCCUGCAGCAUCGCGGAAGAAAGCGCAGCCACGAACACACAGAAACACACAGAGACACAACGCACGGCAGCAGCAGCACUAGGAGGGCAAGAUGUCGAACCUCACGAUUGCGAGCCUGCGGCGCAUCGACCGCGACCAGCUGUACGGGCUGCUAAAGACGAGCAGCACGAUGCUGACAGGCAGCAGUCCGCAGGUAGCGGUCAUCGACGUGCGCGACAGCGACCACGUCGGCGGGCACAUCCGGCACAGCCGGCACGUGCCGUCGUCGACGCUGGACUGGGCGACGCCGGAGCUGGUGCGCGCGCUGCGCGACGUCCCGACCGUCGUGUUCCACUGCGCGCUGAGCCAGCAGCGGGGGCCGAGCGCGGCGCUGAGAUAUUUGCGGGAGAGGGCGAGGCUGCUGGGCGAGGAGGAGGGGGAGGGCGAGAGUGUGGGGGUGAGGGCGGAUGGGAGCGUGGGUGCUGAGGCUGAGGCUGGGGUUGAGGGGGGACAGAAACAGCAGGUUUGCGUCCUCGAUGGCGGGUUUGUGCAGUGGCAGGAGAAAUAUGGCGAAGACUCUACUGUCACCGAGGGCUACGUCAAAGACAUAUGGGAGUUUGGCUACUGACGGCGGUG